UAUAUAAUUUUUCGUGCCGGUCGCAGGAAAAAGUUUCAGACACCGAAAAUUGCUCGGACAUGGCUCAACAUUGUUGAAUGGAAAGCAUUUUGCUGAUUGAUUCUCAAAUGUUGGUUAAAAAUGUCAUCGAAUUGGGCCUCCACCCUCUUCCAUUACCUCGUUUUCAUCUCAAUCAUUCUUCUUUACAUCUACUCUUCAUUCCUCUCAUCACCCUCUUCUAAACCGUCAUCUCUUCAACCGCCGUCCGUCGCGACCGACAAUAAAAUCUCUUCCAAUUCUACCCUUUGCAAUCUUUUCAAGGGCAAGUGGAUCCUCCAGAAUCCUAAUACUCAACGGCCAUUGUACGAUGAAACUUGCCCUUUUCACAGAAACGCCUGGAAUUGCUUCAAGAACCGGAGGGCUCACAUGAGCAUCAUCAAUGGGCAGCAAUGGGUUCCCGAACAAUGUCAUUUGAACCGGAUCGACCCGGAGAGGUUUUUGGGUCUAAUGAGGAAUAAGAAUAUUGGGUUUAUUGGUGACUCUUUGAAUGAGAAUUUUAUUGUGUCGCUUUUGUGCGUACUUCGAUCGGCGGAUUAUGGUGCCCGGAAAUGGAAGAAAAAAAGGGCAUGGAGAGGUGGUUAUUUUCCUAAAUAUAAUGUUACUGUUGCAUAUCAUCGAGCUGUUUUGCUUGCAAGAUGCAGCAGGUGGCAGCCAAAACAGUCUGAAGAAAUUGAUCAAGAUGGAUUGAAAGGAAUUUAUCGAGUAGAUGUUGAUACCCCUGCAGUUAAUUGGGCCAGCGUCACCAACUUUUAUGAUGUCCUUGUUUUCAACACUGGCCAUUGGUGGGGCUACGAUAAAUUCCCAAAAGAGACACCGCUUGUCUUUUUCCAAGAGGGGAAACCGAUAAAUCCGCCUCUUGAGAUGUCAGAUGGAUUCAAGGUUGUUCUUGAAAAUAUGGUUUCAUACAUUCAAAAGAAAGUUCCUGGCAAGACACUCAAGUUUUGGCGUUUGCAAUCACCAAGGCAUUUUUAUGGUGGUGAGUGGAAUCAAAAUGGCAGUUGCUUGCUUGAUAAGCCCCUUGAGGAAGAGCAGCUUGAUUUGUGGUUUGAUCCCAGCAAAAAUGGAGUGAAUAAAGAAGCAAGGCAACUUAAUCAUGUGAUUCAAGAAGCAUUACAAGGCACAGAUAUUGAAGUACUUGAUCUGACUCAUUUGAGUGAGUUCAGAGCAGAUGCCCAUCCAGCGGUUUGGUUGGGAAAGAAGGAUGCUGUGGCAAUGUGGGGUCAGGACUGCAUGCAUUGGUGCUUACCUGGUGUCCCUGACACAUGGGUUGAUAUACUAUCAGAAAGGAUCCGUAAUAGACUGGAAACAUGGUGAUGAACAGUCAAAGAUAUACAGCAAGUUGUAAUAAAAUUUAACGUCUCAAAUAUGAACAGACUCUGCGGAAAUGUUGCACUGCCUCUUAUUAUGCAUGUUGAAGAAAAGACACAGAGAAGCAUCCUGGUGCUAUGACUGAGAAUAGAACCUUCUGAUGGAAGAAGCUUUCUGCUUUACUUAUUUAAGUGUUUGAGUUUUAUAACCGUUGCCAGGUGACUCCAAAUAUUUGCAAAUUGUAACUAAAAUAGUGACAUGCUAUAUAUUACAUGAAGUAUUGAUUUUUUUGAA